CCUACCAUAUCUGAUAAUCAAGAUAUCCUUAUUUGGUGCUUCACAAAAACAGGGGAAUCCACGGGGAAGUCUAGAUACAAUCUUCAAAAGCAACUGUCAAAUCAAACACUUCAACACUAUGAUGGGAAUAGUUCAAUCACAGAUGAAAUGAACCAACUCUGCUCAACUAUAUGGAAGCUUAAUUUACCACCAAAGGUUAAAGUACUUUAAAGUAGUUUGGUGGAAACUAGUCCAUCAAGGAAUGGCAGCUGCAGAAAAUCUUGAAGAAAAGAGGAGUAAAAUUUGAUAGCACUUGCCAAAUUUUUGGAGAGGAACAUGAAACCCAAAAUAACCUGAUGUUUACCUUUAGAGUAUUGAAGGAGGGAGACAUGGUCUCUUGUGCCUCCUGAGUAUAAAGCACUAGACUUAAACCAGGAAACUAUCCUCUAAAAUAUGAAAGUGCUACUGGCUCAGACCAAAAGAGACCCAAGAAAAGUUUAAAAUUUUUUUGUAGGCUGGAAAAUAUGAAGAAUGAGAAACAAUAUAAUCUUUCAACAUAAAAUGGAGCAUAUUCUACAUGUGGUACAUGGUGCAUUAAGAGACAAUCAGCAAUGGCAGGAAGCAAACUACAAAAAAAUAAUAGGAUCAACAUAUUAUGUCCUCACGUUUGUAGAGAGAGUACGAGCAGGUAUUACGUUACUCUCCAUACUAUUACCUUGUUGAUGCUUUAUGAAAAGGCUCAGAUGAGCCUAGAGAAAUAGGUUAGUCCUUAUAUAGCAAAGAAGGCAUCCUUUAUCUUCAAAAGUCCAUCUGCAAUUCGACCAACUAAUACCGCAUUUGAAGUAGAAGCUCAAUGUUGAUGGAAGUGCAGCAACAAAGAACGUUAGGCUUUAAGCAAGUUGUUUUUCUAAGUGACUGCAAAGGGCUUAUAGAUGAGUUAAAUCGAUUCAAUACUGAAAUGACCAUCGAAGGAGUCCGUAACACAUAAAUCCACUCAAUGGUACAAGACCUCCUAGAGAUCUCAAGGAAGGAUCAACUUACUAUUCUUCAUGUGUUCUAGAGAUUGUACUAUCUAUAUAGAUGCAUUAGCUAAACAAACAAUAUCGAAAUAGAAACCAAAACUAUGUAAUUUUAUGAAUGUAAUAAUAUUAAUAAUAUAAGGAGUUGACAAAAAAUACCUAGAUAGUUUGAUUAGACUACAUACAUGCCAAUAAGUGUUAAUUCUAUUAUUAAAUAUACAAAAUUACAAUUUUCGUUUCUCUUAUAUUAUUGUAUAAAAUAGAUUAGCGAACAUACUAUAACUGUUGCAUUAGGACAGAAUGAAGUGAAUUACUUAUUAUAUUUUUUUGGUCAACAAUAUUAAGUAUAUAAGAUUUUAUUACCUUACUGAAAACAAUAAUCGAAAUUAAAUAGAAAACAAAUCUGCUGACCCAAAAGAAAAAAAAAACAAAUCCAAAAGAGGAGAUUCCUUUUUCUUUACCCCAAAACCUUUGAAUAUUUGCGUUACUUACUAUGGUAAAUUAUAAGAUAUGGUAAAGAAGGGAGGGUGUUUAAGUCAUUACAGCUAUGGUAUAAUCGUAAAUUAAGGGGUAGAGUUUGCGUCGUAUCUCUCUAUAUAUAUUGUCCUAACCCCACAGACUCCCUUUGCCCCUUCAUUCUUUUUCUCUCUCCCUCUCUCAGCGUGUAAUCUCUCUUUCUCUCUCCACUUCUAAAUAUUAUAUCGUUGAUUCAAAAAAAAAAAGAGAUAAACUCUAAUAAAAUAUUCAUCUCUGAAUAAAUUAUUAUCCUUCCACCUGAUUUAUUUCAAAACAACCGUUUCACCGCGGUAGUUAUAUAUUUUACACACUGCUGACGUGGCAACCAUCCAAUAGCAAACGGCCAUGAAUACCAAAACGAUGCGUCUUCCGCCACGUCGUAUGCUGACGUCAGACAAAAGAAUUCUCCCGAGUGUCGCUGAAAAACCGACUGAGACCACCGGCGCAACAAAUCAACCACCGCCGCCGACGACUACCGCCGCCGGUCCGAAUCAGCUCCUUGCGGGAUAUUUGGCUCACGAGUAUCUCAACAAGGGCACACUCUUCGGAGAGCAGUGGAGUCCGGCUCGAGCCGAGGCGAGGAAGAAUAAGGCGAGCCAUGAAACAGAGCCAAGUGAUUAUAAACGGAGGAGAUAUGUGGAGGUAGCUGAUAUCCUCAGGGCAGACGGGGCCUUCAUGCCAGGUAUCGUCAACCCUUCACAGCUUGCCCGAUCCCUUAAACUGUGAUGGCGCUAAUCCACGUGGACGAAUGACAUUGGCUGGUCCACCUGAAAAUCAUUCCUCCUCGUUAGGCGUUUUUGUUAUUGUUGUUGUUUGGGAUUAGAUGUAAUGUGUGUUAUUGUAAAUCUGGUGAUGUUAUCGAUUAGCCAACGUUGUUGAAAAAUUGAUCGCCGAUUUAAAUAUCAUUUCUGCAAAAUGUCUGGUUCUGGUGUGCAUUAUAAAUAAUAGAUCAAUGUUUUUAUU